AUGAUUGCCACCUCUUCCUUCAGCGCAGAAAGACCCGGCUCGGCUUCUCUCCCCCUCGUUGCCCACGAUGCCUCCGACCGUCCAUCCUCGACGGCACAGACUGCUGUGUCAGAGCCCAAAGACCUGCCCGUAACCUACUCGACCGAUGCCCUUCUACGCGAACCCCUUGAAGAAAACGAAUUGCGUCAAGUCAAUGGCGGUCGCCGCGCCGAACAAGAACUGCCUCGACUACAAGCCAAUGCACAAAUAGAGAACGGUGACAGUUUGGAGCCCAUCCUGGAAGACGAUCCGGCUUCCUUCAACCUCAUCUCUCCCGCUCCCCCAGACCAAGGCGACAUCUUCUCGUUGGAAACCCAGACCCAAGCACUCUUCUCGAGGGGACAUCUACAAGUCAUCUUUGCCGAUCCCAGCUACCUCUUCAAGUUCACAUCUUUCCUCGGAAUGUAUAGACCCCAGUCCGUGCCCAUCUUAGUGCACUAUCUCGAUUCGCUCAAAUCCCUUCGGGCCAUCAAUUAUGCCAACGCCAUCUGCGAGGGUUUGGACCCUGUAGAAGGAUAUGAUUUCACGCAAAGGCCAGUCAAGCCGACCAUCAACACGGCAUUAGAAGAGAGGGCGCACAAGGCCUUCGAAAUCCUGGCGAUGGAGGAACUGCCUGCAUUCAUCACACAUCAGUACAUCCAAGUCGUAAGCAACAGCAUCACUGCCAGAAUAACGGGGUCGCUCUCGCCGCACCUUCGGGAAGCCUCGGACGGAUUGGCCGAAGUGUUUUGUUUGACGGAUCCCUCCAGACACGACAACCCACUUGUCUUUGCUUCGGAAGCAGAAUUCAAUCGGACGACCCAAUACGGCAUGUCAUAUGUUCUCGGGCGGAAUUGCAGGUUUCUGCAAGGGCCGAUGACAAACCCGCACAGCCUGCGGAGGAUUCGAGAAGCUCUCAAAGCAGGCAGGCAACACCAAGAAGUCCUUCUAAACUAUCGACGAGACGGCUCUCCGUUUGUGAAUUUGUUCAUGAUGGCGCCACUUUCUGACAGCAGAGGCGUCAUCCGAUACCACAUCGGAGCGCAAGUCGACGUGAGCGGCCUGGUCAAAGACUGCUCGGAAAUGGAGUCCCUGCGAAAAUUGUUGGAUCUGCGUGCUCGGGGUGAGGAUCCUCCGCUGCCCGAGAAGCCUAAUCCCGAGAAGAACGACGAGCUGCGAGAAUUGAGCGAGAUGCUCAACCAGGGCGAGUUGAAUACCAUCAAACGUCACGGCGGAAAGAUGCAUCGUGAGAUCGUCGAGGAAGACAUAGAAAGUGUCUCUUCUCACCAUCAACCUCGACUGUUGCUGAAAGACCCAGACACCAUGGUGCCAUCAAUUGCAAGCAUCAACGGUAGAUUGAGUGGCAUAUAUCAACACUAUCUCCUCGUACGACCAUAUCCCUCUUUGCGGAUCCUGUUUGCGAGUCCGUCACAGAGACUGCCCGGUAUUCUUCAAUCGCCCUUUUUGAACAAGAUUGGCGGUUCAAAUCGAGUCCGUGAGGAAUUGACGACGGCGUUCGCUGAAGGACGAGGCGUGACUGCCAAAGUUCGCUGGGUCACCAAAGGCGAUGAUCAAGGCAAGAAUAAGUGGAUUCACUGUACUCCGUUACUGGGCCAGUCAGGCCAGAUUGGAGUGUGGAUGGUGGUGGUGGUCGAUGAUGAGAAGAACAACGAAAGAUGGCCUUCUGCAGCGGGACGACUCCCACCCCAAGUGGCUACACCAGAGAGGAGCUGGACUCCAGCUCCAAGCAGCGCAUAUCAGGUUGUGGGAUCGAGCCAAAAUGCUGUUGGCGACAUGAACGGCGGGCAUUUGGAUUGGAAUGGUGGAGGAAGUCUAGCCAGUGCCAGUGGCAGCGCGACCAGCCUCAGGAUCGGAUGA